AUGUCGUUCCCCUUUACUAUCACCGAGCAGAUACUGCCUGGUGCCUACAUUCGCGAAUUCCCCCACGCUCUGAGCACCUCCCAGGAGUCGACCCUUCGUCUGGCCGUCAAGAUCUACACACCAAAGGACAACACCUCUCCGCAGCCUGGUGAUGUGACCCUGAUCGCAGCCCACGCCAACGGCUUUCCCAAGGAGCUCUAUGAGGCCAUGUGGGCCGACCUUCAUGCAGAGGCGGCCAAGGCCAACCCCCCCUUCCGCAUCCGCCAGAUCAUCGCCGUGGACGCCGCCUGGCAGAAUGCCUCGGCGCCUCUGAACGAGCACCUGCUCGGCAACGACCCGGGCUGGCUGGACUAUCCCCGCGACAUGCUGCACAUACUCAACACGCUGCGUCCUCCACAGCCUCUCGUCGGCGUCGGCCACUCCUUUGGCGGCAACGCCAUUGCCAACCUGGCCCUGCUGCACCCGCGCCUGCUCUCGACCGUCAUCCUCCUCGACCCCGUCAUCUCGCGCUGGUCCUCCAACGCCACAAGCGACGUCUCCCGCUCGCCGGCCGCCAUGUCCAUCGGCCGCCGCGACCUCUGGCCCUCGCGCGACGCCGCCCGCGCCGCCUUCGCCAAGUCCCCCUUCUACCGCGCCUGGGACCCGCGCGUGCUCGACGCCUGGCUCGCCCACGGCCUCCGCGACACGCCGACGCCGCUCUACCCCGAGCCCGGCCACGUCACCCUCGCGACGACCCGCCACCAGGAGGUCUUCACCUACUUCCGCCCGAGCUGGGACGCCUACGCCGCCGACGGCACGACGCUCGUGCGCCGCGACCUCGUCCCCGACCUCGACCCUGCCCUCAGCAAGGGCUUCGUCACCUACCCCGUCUACCGCGCCGAGGGCGCCAACACGCUCCGCCUCGUGCGCCCGCCCAAGCCGGGCAAGACCAAGACGGAGGCCAAGAUUUGA